GUGACAUGUGGGCGUGGCUAGGGACAUGUGGCGAUGAAGCCAGGGGGCGUGGUUAGGACCGCGUGCAGUGACGCAGGGUAGAGGGCGUGGUUUUCCAUUGGUGGGUGACAGAGACCGGAAGUGUGCUCGCUGUUCUCGUUCCGUGUCUGUCGGUCCGGGGUUCCCUCUCUGUAGUUCCCACGUGUUCCCAGUGACCCCGCUGCCCCCAGUCCCCGGGCUCCGUGUCCCGGCAGGCGGGUCCGUGCGGUGAGUCGGGAUCGGCCGAUGGUGAGACCCGCUGAAGUCGCGCUAUGAUUGGAUGUCAGCUGCUGCGUGUGACGGCCGGGGCGGGGCUACAUCGCUGGGCAGGGGGUCUGAGUGCGGGUCUGCGGCACAGAGCGAGCGGCAACCUGGGCACUGAAUGCAGGUAAGCGGGGAACUCAUUUACGGGGACACCAUGCUGAUAGUGUGUUGUAUGUGACAUUCAUAUCCACUACUGACACUGACCGUGUAACUAUAUAACUGGGGUACACUGACCGUGUAUGGGGGGGGCAACUAUAUAACUGGGGUACACUGACCAUGUAUGGGGGGGCAACUAAAUAACUGGGGUACACUGACCAUGUAUGGGGGGGCAACUAUAUAACUGGGGUACACUGACCAUGUAUGGGGGGGGCAACUAUAUAACUGGGGUACACUGACCAUGUAUGGGGAGGGCAACUAUAUAACUGGGGUACACUGCUAACACUGACAAUGUAUGGGGGGGCAACUUUAUAACUGGGGUACACUGCUAAUACCGACAAUGUAUGGGGGCAACUAUAUAACUGGGGGUACACUGCUAACACUGACAAUGUAGCAAGAGCAACUUUAUAACUGGGAGUACACUGCUAAUACCGACAAUAUGGGGGGCAGCAUGACUGGGGUACACUGCUAACACUGACCAUGUAUGGGGGGGCAACUAUAUAACUGGGGUACACUGCUAAUACUGACAAUGUAUGGGGGGCAACAUUAUAACUGGAGUACACUGCUAAUACUGACAAUGUAUGGGGGGGCAACUUUAUAACUGGGGUACACUGCUAAUACUGACAAUGUAUGGGGGACAGCGGGCAGCUUCUAACUGGGAUCCUGUGCUAAUACCUAGGGAGACAUGGCAUGUGACACCUGUAUACACUAACCCUGAGAGUGCAAGGGGGAAAGGGCAUGUGACACCGGUAUAUACUAACCAUGAGAGGGACAGGGCAUGUGACACCGGUAUACACUAACCCUGAGAGUGCCAGGGGGACAAGGCAUGUGACACCGGUAUACACUAACCCUGAGAGUGCCAGGGGGACAAGGCACGUGACACCCGUAUAAACUAACACUGAGUGCCGGGGGGGCAGGGCGUGUGACACCAGUAUACACUAACCCUAAGAGUGCCAGGGGGGCAAGGCACGUGACACCCGUAUAAAGUAACACUGAGAGUGCCGGGAGGCAGGGCGUGUGACACCAGUAUACACUAACCCUGAGAGUGCCAGGGGGCAGGACAUGUGACACCCAUAUACACGAACACUGAGAGUGCCAGGGAGGCAGGGCAUGUGACACCGGUAUAUACUAACACUGAGAGGGAUAGGGCAUGUGACACCCAUAUAUACUAACACUGAACGUGCUAGGGGGACAGGGCAUGUGACUCCUGGUAUCCAUUCAAAACCUUAAGAGUGGUAAUGUUUAACAGGGCAUGUGGCACCCUAGGAAUGCCAGGAUGGGGACAAAGCAUGUGACACUGGUACCCACUGCUAAACCUGAGAGUGCCAAGGGGGACAGGGCAUGUGACACACUGCUAUUCAGGAAAUAAUCAUAUGAGUCCCAGGGUGGGUACAGGGCAUGUGAUCCUGUCAACCAGUACUAACUCUAAGAGCUCUAGAAAGUCACUGGAAUUCAGUACUAACCCAGUGCGUGCGGGCAAAGGCAUAUGAUACCGGAAUCUAUUACAAACCCCAGGACUGCCAGUAGAGGAAGAGGACAAGUGACAUGAGCAUCCAUUAAUUAUCGUAAGAGUGUCCUAAGGGAGCCAGGACAUGUGGCACAUGCAUGCAGGACUAAAACUCAAUAAGCCUGCUGGAGGACAGGGCAUGUGACUACAAACCUUCAGAGUGAAGGGAACAUGGCAUAUGCGUCUCUGACAGUUGUUAUGGCAGUAACCAACUCAGGCCUGUCUAUGUGCAUGCUGAGAACUUCAGAUAAGGUAGUUCACACACAUCUGCAUUGCCAAGGUUUUUACAUCUCUUUUCUCAGUGUAAUUGUUUUUGCUACUUUGUAUCUUCUAGCCAGAACAACAUCAGAACAAUGCCUGAGAUAAAUACAGACUCACUGGACAGUCAGCAAGUCCAGCUGCUGGCAGAGAUGUGCAUCCUUAUUGAUGAGGAUGACCAGAAGAUCGGGGCAGAUACCAAAAAAAACUGCCAUCUCAAUGUUAAUAUCGAUAAAGGCAAGUGAUUUCUUCAUGUCUCUUAUCCAGUAGUGUUUUUUUCAGAUUAGAGACCAUAGGUUUGCAAUUAGCAGCCACAAAGUUCCACUUGAGUCUUUUGGGAACAGCAUGGUAUCAAUACCGUUGUCCUUUUAAUUUAUUUUUAACAAUAAAUACAGCUAUUGUCAUGUUGCUGUUGCCAACUACUACAACUUUAAAAGAACAGUUGGCAAAAAUGUGUUGUGUUUUUUUUUGUCAUGGAUCAGUAAAGACAUAUUGUUGGGAAACACGGGUGUAUAGUCAGUAAACAAGAAAAAGAGCAGACUUCGAAUAAAGAAAAAUGUCUUAAUCUACUUUGAUAAAAAGUUAAACUAAACUGUGGGGUGUACUGGAUCAAAGCGCUAACCAGUAUCAUGGACUAGUGACACUGCAUCGUAGACAAAAAAAACUGGCUGUUCUUUAAACAAGCAGGAAGUUCGGGAAUACAAAUGUGUUUUUUUUUUAAAAAAAUGAGUAUAUCUUAAAGAUAAAAUCUUUAUGAAACAUCCAUAUUGGUUUUGUUCCAAUUUCACUGAAAUUCCGACACAAUCCAAAUAUAUUCUAAAACAACUACUUUAUUGUAUAUAUUUUUCCUCAGCUUAAAGGGCUACUAUUGGCAUCCGGACCACUUCAGUUCAUUGGUGGUCUGGGUGCACAGUGCCAGGUCCCUUAACCCUGGAAAGGUAAUGAUUGUAAUUUUUAAUUAACUGCAAUAAUCACCUUUAUGAGUUAACUCCAACGCUAGUGGCUUUUCAACGGACAGCCACUAGACGGUUUUUGGUAUGCAUAAGGAUGUCCAUCGUCACUGUAUAAUGCUUUCCUAUGGGGUUGUUCUGAUGAGAGUGUGGCCAUUGCCGCAGAUGCACAUUAGGUGUCCCCAGCCGGACAAUGUCGGAGGGGGACUGGAAAACUAUUGGGAGCUAUAGUUGUUUUCCUGGCAUUAUAGAUUCCCUUUAACAAAGGUGUAAAUUCCCACAGCGAUCACUAGUGAUGGCUGUGUGGAAAAAUAAUUGUCUCUCUGAUAGCGAGACAAUAUCUAAAGUGUCUCCUGUGGUCUUGCUGGUUUCACCAUAGACAUCAGUGCCCUUGGCAAAUUAAGUGUCAGGAGCUAAAGAAAGAAGAUGGUGGCACCCGCAGAGGAUAGUGUUAGGUAAGUAUAUCUCAACUGCAUUGCACUCCUGGGCUGCUACUCUCCAAGUAGAUAUGUCACCAACCCGGAAGGUGACAGAGCAACUUUAAUUUAAAAAGGUCAUUUGGCUUACUAACAUUAACAUAUAUAAUAACAUGCAAGGUACAUGAAUGUUUUCUGUUAUGUUUAAGUGAGCGCGUGUAAUGACAGCAACCGGAACAGAGAAAAUAAAUGUAAUGUCUGCUUUAACUCUUGCCUUAUGUUGUAGCACAGUCUUUUCACAUGUCAAUUUAUUUUUACAGGUUUAUUGCACAGGGCAUUCAGCGUUUUCCUAUUUAACACUGAAAAUAAGCUGCUGUUGCAACAGAGAUCGGAUGCAAAGAUCACGUUUCCUGGUUAGUAUUGUGGAUAGGAGUUGCAUAGUACUGGUCGCUUUAACUGGGCUUGACUGAACUUCACAUUGCAUCUUACUUUGGUCAUUAAUUGUUUGCUUGUAUAGUUACUGAUGAUUAUGUUCCAUGAUGUCUUCCACAGACGGAGCUGUGAUGGCAUGGAAUGUCCAAAUGUUUUGGUGUGUGCAGGGAUAAAUAUUAAUGCUCUAAUAUAUUGGGGUGUACUUCAAGACACACUUUAAAAAAAAAAAAAAAAUGAUAUUUAACCAGCAAUUAAACUCUUUUACACAAAUAUACAAACUAGAAUAAAGCAAGAAAGGUUAACAAAGUACAUGAUAAUCAUUUGCAAGCUUACUAUAAACUUUUGUCCGUUUGUGGGGUUUUUUGGCACGCCUCUUAGCUACGGGAGUUUCUUUAGCCUCUCAUUCAUCCACCCAUCUCAUUUGAAUUGGCACUAACCAUGCUUGAGAAACUAUGUGCACACUCAGUCAUAUUAUGCAUUAUUAUACAGUACAGGAGGAUUGUGUGUGUGUGAUAUUGCCACAUUACUAUGACCUUUCUCAGUCACAGCCAUGGGAGGUGUGGCUAGGACUGCAUGAACAGAAACAAAAAUGAUUAAUCAAACAAAAGCUCAAAUUUGCGCCAUUUGCUAUACGUCUGUUCAACCAUCAUUUACCUCUUUCAUAUUAAAUGCACCCACACUUAUUAUAUAUCAUUUUGUUCAGGAGAAAGAUGGCUUUCAUUUCACAUAGAAUAUACAUAUAUGAAACCUAAUGUAAUAUGUGUGUUUUAUUGCAGUAAAAGCUAAUCAUAUUUGUGUUCAGCCAUGUCUCAUGAGUACAGGUAGUACAGGUAGUAUGGGGUUUGGAAAGUUAAAGGGUCAAGCAUAUGGCUUUCCCCGUUUUCAGUUUUUACACAUUGAAAUUGCCAGGUUGAUUUGCUGGGCUUAUGUUGCCUUUCAAACCAUGUGGCAGCCCAGAAAUAAAAAUUACCCCCAUCAUGGCAUACCAUUUGAAAAAUAGGGUAUGUCCAAUACGUGCGUGCCUGCCUGCCUGCCUGUCUGUCUGCCUGCCAAACAUAGGAUCUGCCUCUAGGUACGCCACUGAUUAAGAGGACAGUUUAUGUCUACCUUGAACUAUGGUACAAAUUACAUUUUAAGAUUGUCUAAGCCAAUAUUGUCAUAAUUGGUCUUUUAAGGAUCAUAUGCCAGAGCUGAAAGACCCAUGUAAUGCUUUCUCUAUGCUGACCGUCAGGUGCGCAUGACAGAGCUAUGACUAGGAGCCAAGAAGGAGUGCCAAAUUGCAGGAUGAAGAGGUGUAGUUCUCUACAUUUCAUAUUAUUAUUAUUAUUUUUUUUAUUUUUUUUACACCUCACAAAUGCAUAUUUAUUAAAUAUAGGGAUAAGUAAACCUAGUAGUAAAAAUCCUGUUAAAUGACUUACCCUUUAGCAUUUUACAAGAGUGAUACACUUUGACUUUAGGCUAGGGUGGAGUCAGUGGUCAUUUCUGUAUAUAUUUUUAGGCUUCUGGAUUAUGUUGCCAAAGCAGCUUUGCCCGCUCUGUGUUUAUAAUUGACAUUUAUCGCACUUAUUAAAACAAAAUCAAAUUGGCAUCUCUUCUCAGUCAACUUUGUAAUAAUGUGGAUUGUUCUCUCUUUUUCUUGAUAUUUUUUGGGGAAAUUGUUUUUACUUUAAUAUGAUUGCUACAUUAUAUUUGUUGUAUUUCUGGGGACAAACAUACAAUGACACAAAUUCUUUUUAGUGAAAGAUUUAUAUGCAGAAUUUCACCGUUGUAUUAGUCCUAUUGCUGGCUAACCUUUGGUAAGCCAUUGCUGUACUAUGUAAGGGUGCAUCUAUGAAAAUUAGGAUUUUUGACCUUUUUUGCAUGUGUUUGUUUUCUAAUAUUUCCCAGAUUGUUUUACAAACACUUGCUGCAGCCAUCCCUUAAGUACUCCGGAAGAAACGGAAGAACAAGAUGCUCUAGGGGUGAGACGGGCAGCGCAACGGCGCCUGAAAGCAGAGCUUGGAAUUCCAAUGGAACAGGUGAUAUUCUGACACGUUAGAAAGGACAAUGAACCUUUGAGAGCAGACUGCAUCUUCAAUUUUCCAUGCAAUUUAUUCACACCUCUUGUAGUCAAUUCACUGUGCCAAUUAUAAUGCAGUCAAAAACACAAAUCUUUGUUCUAUAUAAAGAUCCGGUUAAGUUCUUGCUUCAGAUGAACAUUCUUGAAUUCUUGCCAUCUAGCAGGGCACGUCUUAUUUUAACUUCAGGGUGCAAAGAUAUAAGUGGACUUAUAGUUCCUUACUGAAGGCAACUAGCACAUGCUGCCAAAGGCUGAACCUUUUGAAUGUAAUUAGAGCAGAUAAUUUCUGACUACUCUUGCAAUGACCAGGAUUAUUCACGGAUAGUCAAACUUGCUUCUAUCCUGUGCAGGAAUUCCAUGAAUUCGAAAUGUUGCCAUCAAUACACAAUUUGUUAAAUGGACACUCUAAUUGCCUCAGCAUUAUAUACUGAAGCAUAGGUUAUAGUACAAAGAGGUCCAGCUCUGCCAGUAGGUUAUUAUACGAGUAGGUUUAUGUCUGCCUCCACACACUUGCUUAUAUCUGCAGAGAUUGGCAAAAAAUCACUGCCACUACACAUUUCCAAUAUAGUAUAUCCAAUAUUUUUGUACUUUGUGUGCAUACCAUUGAAGUCCAGAGCAUACUCCCUUCCCCCCCAGGCUUGCUAAGCUACAGCAUUUCUGCCUCCAGCACCCCACUCUCCACCCCACCUUCUCAAUAAGCUAUAUUAUAAAGCAUCGAAAGAAAAGGAAAGCCACUUGUGACUCCAGCACAGACACUUCUCAAUGAGAAGCCUCUGAUUGGACAAAUCCAUGGUGUUAAGGAAAAAGAAAGGAGUUGCAAAUGCUGCAGAUAAGAUAUUUUGUAUUAUCAUUUAAAUAUUAUUGAGAAUGUUUCACAGUGUGGUACAGCAAUAUGAUGGCAAUAGUAAUUACAAAACGUGAAUGAUGGGAAGCAAGACUUUACAGCCUCUGUGAGAACAAUAUAAACAGUAAAGACCUCAUUGUGUGGUAGGUUAGAGGCAAGGAAUUACAGUUGUAGUUCUUCACAGGCUACAUAGUUAUGGAGCUGAUAAACCUUCACAAAAGUAAAAGCCGCAUAGUGCACAUGAAAUAAACAAGUAGGUUUUUACAUCAUAGAUUAGCUUGGAAAAGAGUGUAUGCGCUUAAACAAAAUUUAGAGCAAGACAGCAGUGUACUUUUUCUUUAAUUUUGCUUAUUUUAUUGUUUAUAACGCCGAAGCAACCCAGCUUCAAAACGAUUUUGUUUUUGCCUCUGAUGUAUCAAAUACACAGACAUAUCAAGCAAUACGAUUUUCUUAUCUCCAGAGCUCUAUACAAUGUAUUGCUAUUAGCAUAUACACUGCUAAGUUAAUAUGUCUGUGUAUUUGAUAUAUCAGAGGCAAAAACAAAAAAAGUUUUAAAGCUGGAUUGCUUCCGGUACUAAACAAUAAAAUAAGGAAAGUUAAAUAAAGUCCAGAGAAUUAAAAAAAAAAAAAAAAAAAAUAGAGAUAAGGGACGUAAAAAAAGAGCCUGCGUGAAGACCCCUCUGAGUGACCAAAUGGACAAAUAUGUGUCCAGACUCCCCUUCGGGUCUUGUACUGUGUACUCACAGCUAGAGAGGAUUUUUUUUUUUUAAAUAAUUAGAUGUCCAACCGGAAUUUAGAACAUAAAAUUCUACAGGAACAGACUAGUUUCUUGAAGGGUUAACAACCUUCCCCAAUCACGGGGGAAAGAGAGGGGAAAAAAAAAAGUAUAAAAUUACAAGAUAAAUGUAAAAUGUAUCUAGGCUUUAAAAAAUAAAUAUAUAUAUAUAUAUAUAUAUAUAUAUAUAUAUAUAUAUAUAUAUAUAUAUAUAUAUAUAUAUAUAUAUAUAUAUAUAUAUAUAUUUAUUCUCUCAAGUAUGUAUGGAUACAUUGAUCUUGAGGAAGACCAGGUUCAAAACGUUGGUCAUUUUUUUGAUGGAUCACUUAUUGGAAUAAAUCCUUUUAUAUUCACCUAAAAAGCCCUGAGAGUGCAUCUCUUAUUUUUCUAUAUAUCUACAACGUGGGAUUGCACCCAGGCAUAAAUUAACUUCAUUUGGAGAAAGGGUGAGUGCCAAGAUACCUAUUUUGUGAUUAUAUAUAUAUAUAUUAUCUCUGCAAGGUAACAAAUUAAUGUCCGUUUAGCCAUGCUUAAUGCUAUUCUUUUGACUAAUUGCUGAAGCAUAUGAGGGUGUGUCAGCUCUGCAGAAACUAGUAUUUUAUACAAGUGCUUAAGCUUUUGCAUCAUUAAAUGGGGGCAGUGUGCAUUCUGACAUUGUUAUAUCUGUGGAUUCAGCUAUUUUGAUCUUAAAUUUAUUUUAUAUUUUUAAUUCCUGGCUCCUCUCACUUUACUGUAUAACUGUGAAGAAAAUAAAGUGAAUUCUUUUUAUUAACGUAACAUUUUUGUUUACUUUUACGGCCUAGGUUACUCCGGAUGAGCUGAAGUACUUGACUAGAAUUCACUAUAAAGCUCAAUCAAAUGGAAUCUGGGGAGAACAUGAAAUAGAUUAUAUCCUGUUUGUACAGAAGGAUGUGACUCUAAAUCCAGACCCCAAUGAAAUUAAAAGCCACUGUUUUGUGUCUAAAGAAGAACUCAAGCAGCUAUUGGAAAAAGGGAAACGAGGUGACGUUCAGAUCACCCCAUGGUUCCAGCUCAUCGCAGAUACCUUCCUUUACAAGUGGUGGGAUAAUUUGCAAAAUUUAAAACCUUUUGAGGAUCAUGACAAAAUUCACCGUAUGUAAUCGAACUAAGGCAAAUUUCCAGCAAGAUUUGGUGUACCAAAUACAGAACAUUACUCACCUGUGGACUACAUAUACAUAUGGUACAUGUAUUUGAUCUAAGAAUGGAGUUAUCAUGGUUUCAAAAAUUAAUCUCUCAACCAUUUAGCCCUAUUAUAAGAACUAAAAAAGGCUCUACUGUAAUGGAACGAUAUCUUAUAGAUAAGAGUGUUUCAACAAGAUACUAAGGAUUUGUUAAAAUGUCUUAACAUACCUUUUAAUUCUGUCCCCAUUAGUGAUAUUAAAAAUAAAGAUAUGUUUCAAAUAGCAGUAAAAGUGCAGAUUGAAAUGGAUCAAUGACUAACAAAUUUGUUAUUUAAACAUUAUUUGACAACUUCAAUCCAAUAAGCAACAAAACAAUGAAAACAUUUAAAGCAAAUAUGAAGUCAUCAGGCACAGUACUAUAAAGUGGCCACAUACAGCCCAUGAGGAUGCACUGUUGGUACUCUAAUAAGUAGCCUUGACGUUUUGUACGAAGAGGAGGAAACUUUGGAGAGGCAGGAUAGGGGAGAUUUGUUUAUGUGAAACAUCAUUUCUUUGGGCAGAUGGUUGUACAAUUUUCUCAUUUUGUAGUGCUUAUAUAGAAAUAUAUCAUGGUCUAGGAAUGGGAAUAGAUACAGGUCAUAUGUCCUGGGCUAGGAGUGGGUUUCUGUGGAAAGAGGAAACUCCUAAUAGUUUAAUCUUUAGGAAUUGGAGAUGAUUAGGCGUGUAAAUAACAAUCAGGCAACCACAAAUCCUAGAUGUUUUUAAGAGUUUUAAGAGCGACUUUGGACAUUUCAGCUGAAAAGCUUUGAGAGUCUAUGUAGAUGACCACUCAACUACACAACUGUUUUCUUCAUUAUCAUCAAAAACCCUUCUUGGUAUUCACUUUGCAUUAUUUAAAAAAAUUAAAUAAAAGUUUAAGGAAUUUAUAAUGUUGCUGUAUGAGCAAUUUGUUGUAAAUAAACAUAAAGGAAAAAAAUAUUCUUCCUCAACAGGCGAGGUUUGUUAUUUACUAACGAGUGAAGUGCCAGGAAUUUAAAAUUUUAAAGCCAAAAUAACUACCGGUAAAUUAAAAGGGAAAAAAAACACAAAAAGUCAUCCAUUUCCAGUUUUUUACUAUUUUGGAUUAAAAUUUUAAAUCUCUUUGGGUUAUUCACUAACAAGUGAAUGUUGGGAAUUCAAAGAGAAUUCAUUUACAAAAGAAAAGGUUUUUAGUGUGAUAUUCGGG